AAACCAAACAUUCACAACUCUAUUAGUAAGGGAGAGUUUUCUUCUGUUAAGAUGGAGAUAUGCACAUAAGCAAGAUACUGAAAUUACCGCCUGUUCUGGAUGAAAAGAUAAAUUUUGCUCACAGAUGAAUGCUUUUAUGUUUCAGACCAAUACAGCAUGUCAUGAUCCACAUAUUGGUGUCCCACAAAUCAGGACAUGCAAAAGCAUGCGAGAAUUGAAGCAAGUGCAUGCGUUUUUUGUCAAAACAGCACGAACCCAUGACACCACAAUAGCAACAGAGAUUCUUAGGCUCGGUGCCACGUCUGAUUUUCGUGAUAUUGGGUAUGCCCUCUCAGUGUUCGACCAGAUGCCUAACAGGAAUUGCUUUGCUUGGAACACUGUGAUAAGAGCACUUGCUGAAACCCAAGAUAGGCUCUUGGACGCCUUCUUUGUUUUCUGCAAAAUGGUGACCGAGGCAACGGUGGAGCCUAACCGGUUCACUUUCCCAUCUGUUCUGAAGGCGUGCGCAGUCAUGGCCAGGUUCGAAGAAGGGAAACAGGUUCAUGGGUUAGUUCUUAAGUUUGGAUUGGUGAACGAUGAAUUUGUUGUCACUAAUUUGCUAAGGAUGUAUGUGAUGUGUGGGAGUAUGGACGAUGCUCAUGUUUUGUUUUAUAGGAAUGUUGAGGGUGUUGAUGAUGUGAGGAGGUUGGUGAGAGAGGAGAGGAGGGGAGAGUUUAAUGUGGUUCUAUGCAAUGUGAUGGUUGAUGGGUAUGUAAGAGUUGGGAACCUUAAGGCUGCUAGGGACUUGUUUGACAGGAUGGCUCAAAGGAGUGUGGUUUCUUGGAAUGUGAUGAUUUCUGGGUAUGCUCAAAAUGGGUUUUAUAGAGAGGCCAUAGAAGUGUUUCGUAGGAUGACGCAGAUGAGAGACAUGUCGCCGAACCGGGUCACUUUGAUCAGUGUGCUGCCUGCGAUUUCGCGUCUUGGAGCGCUUGAGUUGGGGAAAUGGGUGCAUUUAUAUGCAGAGAAGAGUAAGAUCCGGAUUGAUGAUGUGCUUGGUUCGGCUCUGGUUGAUAUGUACGCCAAGUGUGGGAGCAUUGAGAAGGCCAUUCUAGUAUUUGAGGAGCUACCACAAAACAAUGUUAUAACAUGGAAUGUUGUUAUUAGUGGUCUUGCCAUGCAUGGUAAAGCCAAUGAUGUGUUUAAUUAUUUGUCGAGGAUGGAAAAAUGUGGAAUAUCCCCGAGUGAUGUUACGUACAUAGCCAUCUUAAGUGCUUGUAGCCAUGCAGGCUUAGUGGACAAGGGAAGAUCAUUUUUUAAUGACAUGGUUAAUAGGGUUGGAUUAGAGCCUAAAAUUGAACACUAUGGGUGCAUGGUUGAUCUUCUGGGUCGUGCUGGUUAUCUUGAAGAAGCAGAACAGCUUAUAUUGAGCAUGCCAAUGAAGCCAGAUGAUGUCAUAUGGAAGGCUUUACUUGGUUCUUGUAAGAUGCAUAAAAAUAUCGAAAUAGGUACGCGUGUUGCGGAGGUUUUAAUGCAAUUGGCUCCUCAUGACAGUGGGGCAUAUGUGGCUCUCUCCAACAUGUAUGCCUCAUCAGGGAAUUGGGAUGGAGUUGCAGAGGUGAGGUUAAUGAUGAAAGACAUGGAUAUAAGAAAAGACCCUGGAUGUAGCUGGAUUGAAAUUGAUGGUGUUACUCAUGAGUUCCUUGUUGAGGAUGAUUCCCAUCCUAGAGCCAAAGACAUACACUCAAUGUUGAAGGAAAUUUCAAACAAGUUGAGCUUGGAAGGUCAUAUGCCAGAUACCACACAAGUGUUGCUCAAGAUGGAUGAGAAAAACAAAGAAAUCGUGCUGCACUACCAUAGUGAGAAGAUUGCUGUUGCUUUUGGCUUAAUUAGUACACCCCCGAAGACAUCACUUUGUAUUGUGAAAAAUUUGAGAAUUUGUGAAGAUUGUCAUUCCUCAAUGAAAUUAAUCGCAAAAAUGUAUGAGCGAAAGAUAGUUAUUCGAGACAGGAAGCGCUUUCACCAUUUUGAACAUGGUUCGUGUUCUUGUAUGGACUACUGGUAGACUGCUAAUCCUUGCUGUGUGGUCGUUUCCCCUUCAACUCCUCCUGGCUUCACCAACUCAAAUGGAUAAGCUAUUUUCUUCUGGUGACCCCCUGAAUAAGAACGAGGACAAAAGGACACCUUAUGAGUGCCAUAGUAAAAGGUAUGGAGUACUAAAUUAAGUAAAUCAUCUUUUUUCUGUUCAAACAAGAGAAGAGUGAAAGAUUAUGUAUGUUGUUGUUAUCUAAUCUCAAAGUAUUAUGUAUGAUAAGUUUUUAAUUUUCCAAUUACUAUCUUAUUUUCUAUAUUUCUGAUCAAUUAAGAGUGUAAAAUUAUCUGCAUUGUGUUUUAGAAAUUAAACUCAAAAGAGCAUGUGGUACUUAUGACAGAAGCAUCACUUUCAUCUGACUCUCUAGAUGGAUAGCUCCCCUGAGCAGAAUCAUGCUUCAUUGCAGCUCCAUGUUUAUCAUUUUGCAAUGAUGGUAGCUUCAUAGUGCUGACGUUGUUAUUGUCUGUACAGAAAUAAUUUGCAUGUCAGUGUGGGUAUGUUUCAAUUGCUAUCACUGCUGCCAAAACUAGAAGCGAAGUUAUAGGGAAAAAAAAUGAAAGGAUAUGCUGGUGGUAAUUUAUUGCAAAAUCUAAACUCUUUUUUUAUGCACAUAUAAUCUCUAGCCAAGUUGUAGGGUUGUGAAAGAAAAAAAGAACAGAGUAGAGAAUAAUAGCCAUGAAAAUUAUCACUGGAGUCAUUUGCAAAAUCUCUCAAGUUUGAAGAUGAAAAGAAGGCAUACCAUGGAGGAUUUGAGCUGUUGAAGAGAAUGCUGGAAACAAGUCUUUCUGAUCAACCAAAUAUUGGGUUUUCUGUGAUCAACAAGUGAACAUCUUUCAAACACUUUGACUACAAAAGCUUGGGAGUAACUGUUGAGAAAAAGUAGAGAACACGAAACCAGACAUACAUAGUUAACCUUUUGAUCUUGAGAGUAGGAUGGUAAGUUGUGCUGCUUGCACCAAAUACCCCAACCUGCAAUAACAUCUUCAAGGUACCCAGUUGAAGUUUCAGCUGCAAACCAGGACUCUGCUGCAGCAGCAACAACAACAUAGGGUCAUAAUAAGCAAAUAAGAUCAGAAACAAUUAGAACUAGUAGUGGUAGCCAGUAACAGCAUUCUUUGUAGUCCAAAAAAGGAAACAGAAAAGGAUGGCAUAAAUACCAAGACUCAGAUCUGAGUGAGUGACUCCAAUGUCCAAUUCCAUGGAGGCAAGGCAGUGAGAAGACAAAGUAUUGAGGGUGGUAGUACUCAGCAUCAAGUUCCUCUUGUAUACAACAUUCAUACAAGUGAAC